ACUAGACCUUUUGCCGGAUGAGAGGAUGACAGAACAAUCGCCACUAAGAAGAAUACGAUUGAGGCCAUUUUUCAAACCGUAAAAAGUGCGGAAUGAGCUGGAAUACCAACAUGAGAUAACUCUUCAAUCUGAAAGUGAAACAGCAAGAACGUGUCGAUUGAUAAGUAACCAGUUCAUGUUUGCGCGAUUGUCAACGCUGAAAAAACUGGAUGCAAAUUUUCUUUCUUUGAGCGGUCGAUGACUUGUUGGGCUAACACAGCCUCAGGUCAUAUAAUGCAAAGUAACCAAAUUGGGGAAUUAGUAGCCUCUUUGUUUUUUAGAUUUAAAAAAAUCUACUUCAUUACGAAGGCGUUCUACUAAUGCCAUGUUGUUGCUGCCUUACUGCUGACCACGAAAUGAUAUAAUCGAUUUGAUUGCCGUUUUCAAUGGCCACGGUUUUAUGAUUCCAGUUUUUCAGAAAAAUCCCUGUCUUACUUCGUCUGCGUUCUCAUUCCUUCCUCCACGAGCUGAUGCUCCAUGCGCUCGUUCAGGGUAUCUCGUCCGUCGUAAUGGAUCUCGUUUCGGUAUGUUGUUUUUUUAAGAGAAUGCGGGGGCAUUACAAUUAAGUGCAAUACCAAACUCCGCUUUAUGGUUUGUCAGCUCUGCAUCGGAUUUGGAAGAUGUUCACGAUGGAAGUUCUUCACAGAAAAAAAAAAAAAGAAAUAUAUGCCAAAAGGGUAAAGGCUCGAAACUGUUCACCUUAAUUCUAGGUGAGAACCAGACAGCUUUCCGCGCGACAAUUAAUAUGUCUAGAACGAGAAAAGGUAUUAUAGUAUGGAUACGUGAUACGCCUCAUAAAUGAAUCGGAUUAUUCGUGUCCAACAAUCAUGUGAUAAGAACCAGACAAAUGCGCAAAUACGGCCUGUAUGUUUGUUGAUAACAUGCUGCUCGACGAUUAUCAACAGCAUCUUUACUGCCGCUAUCACGGCAAGGUAUUGUUAAAUAGCUGCUUAGCAUCGAACCGGCUGCUAUUUUCCUAACUCGUAAUGAGCUAAAAAUUAACUGUCAAUUAAUUCACAUCACGUGCGUGCAACAGCAAGCAGAGCCGCUUAGGAUUUAUUUAUGGUUCGAAUACCGUAGUAAUCGCUUAUCAGUGCACAGGCUUUCCCUGCUGGCUAAAUGCUAGUGGAGAAGAUUCACUUCAAUCGAUGGUACUUUACUUGACCGGCUUCGCUUCUGUCAGCCAUGAACGGAAACGGAAUAGCGGUGACGACUGAAAGUGGCGUCUUUUUUGCCAUUCAGCCGGGACACCCUGGAUGGAUAGACUCGACAUUUUGCAAACGGGAAUGUUCUCGCUAUGUUGGCAGCUACGAAAAAGCAUCACCGUGUGCUUGCGGUCGGACGUGGUCAUACCACAAGACGCGCGGUAUUCAAAGUGAUGGCGAAGGAGAAGAAACUUGGUCUCCCAGUCAUCAUACGGUCACCAGCCCUACUGACGCCUAUGGAACCAUCGAUUUCUUGGGAGGCCCACACCCUAAUAAAGCCCAGUUUAUCCGGUUGGGCUUUGAUUCACGGCCUGAUGUUACCUUCCAACUGUUGAUUCGCGAAUGGGGACUUGAAUUACCCAAACUAGUUAUUUCCGUCCACGGUGGCAAGGCUAAUUUUGAACUCAAUACACGCGUCAAGCUCGUCUUCGGAGAAGGAUUACUCAGGGCAGCAAAAACUACAGGUGCUUGGAUUUUAACUGGAGGAACUAAUACAGGGGUCACUCGUCACGUUGGCGACGCUUUUAUAUCUGAACGUUCUCCUCGUCUACGCGGUGGUCGUGCAGUGAGCAUUGGCAUCGCUCCAUGGGGUUUAGUAGAGAACCGUGCGUCUUUGGUCGGUCGAAAGAAGGAUGUCGCUUACCAAUCAAUCGACCAUCCACGUUCCAAAUUCGCUGCCCUCAACAAUCGACACGCCUAUUUUCUAUUGGCUGACGACGGAACUGUCGGCCGGUACGGAGCAGAAAUUGCACUGCGGAGGAAUUUGGAAAAAUAUAUUUCCAGGCAACGACUCCCAGCCCGCGUUACUUGUUCCAUUCCGGUUGUCUGUUUGGUCGUCGAGGGUGGAAUGGACACCAUCAGGACAGUUUUGGAAUACGUGACGGAUUCACCGCCCGUUCCUGUGGUUGUAGUAGAAGGAUCGGGCCGAGCAGCCGAUUUGAUAGCUUUUGCGCACAAAUGUGCAAUGGAGUCGGAUGAGGAAUUGGCUGUGGGAGAAAUGCGAGAAGAGAUGCUUGCCGCCAUUCUGCAAGCGUUCGAUGUUAGCCAGCAUCAAGCGGGCAAGUUGCUUGCUGAGAUCUUUCAAUGCGUAGAAAAUAAGGAUCUCAUCACUAUAUUCCGGCCAUCGGAGAACACGACCACUUCCCACAAUGAGCUGGAUCACGCCAUACUUUGUGCCCUUUUUCGUGCUCGUUACUUGUGCGCCUCCGAACAACUUUGCUUAGCGCUGGCUUGGAACCGAGUUGACAUUGCUCGCUCUGAGAUUUUUGUUUACGGGCAAGAAUGGCCGGAAGGAGUCCUCGAAGAAACCAUGAUGGAAGCUUUAGUUAAGAACCGCGUGGGUUUUGUUAAAUUGCUGUUAGAAAUGGGCGUGCAGAUGGGCAAAUUUUUAACCAUCGCCCGACUAGAGGAGCUUUAUCAUUCUAAACAAGGGCCGGCCAACACGCUGAGGUACAUUGUUCGAGAUGUCCGUCGGCACAUGUCACGUAACUACUCCUUCACGCUCAUCGAUAUCGGCCUGGUGGUCAACAAACUAAUGGGAGGCGCUUACCGAUGUUCCUACACCCGCCGGAAAUUCCGUCACAUUUACAAUGAACUGAUGGGCAAAUCCAUCGAACAGUUAGCUGCAAGUGACAGUGUCCUUAGCGGUGAACUAAGACAUGGAGAUGCCAGUCAAAGCUUCGAAGACUUGCAAUAUCAUGUACAACCAUCGUACAAUUUGUUUCCUCAGCCGUUCAACGAACUGCUAGUUUGGUCCGUCUUGACUAAACGCCAAUCGAUGGCUAAACUGAUGUGGCACCAUGGGGAGGAGGCGCUAGCUAAAGCGCUGGUGGCUAGCAAGCUCUACCGGGCCAUGGCCAGUGAAGCGGCCGAUGACGAUUUAGAAGUGGAAAUCUUCGAUGAGUUACGCAGUUACGCAGCCGAAUUUGAUCGUGAGGCAUUAGAAUUGCUAGACUAUUGCUACCGUCAAGACGAUGAUCUCGCCCAACAAUUACUGACCUGUGAAUUGUCCAAUUGGUCUCGUCAAACUUGCCUCAGGUUGGCCUUUGCGUGCAAUCAUCGCGAACUGCUGGCCCAUCCGUGUGCUCAGCUCAUCUUGGGCGAUCUGUGGCUUGGAGGGUUGCGGACCCGACGCUCAACCAACCUGAAAAUUGUACUGGCCAUCGUCUGUCCAGCAUUCAUUUUUCGUUUGGAAUUUAAAUCGAAAAAUGAACUCCUACUAAUGCCACAAACGGAAACGGAGCACAUGAUCGACCUGAAAGAAGAAGAUGAGCACCCACUAGCUGAAAAAGCAAAAGGCUGUUCAUUUUGCUCACCGCCUCCGACUGUUUCCGUCCAAAAGGAACAUUUCAGGUCUAUCAAUUGGAAAUGUGACACUGUCAAUUGUCUUGAGGUUAGCAACGGUGACGAUCAGAAUGGGACGCAAUGCCAUUUCUGUUCUAAUGACACGAGUCAUGCUGGAUCGCACAUCAACGGUAUGCAAGACAUUCCCAAUAGCCAGACUGACAUCCACCAUGAAACCGUUGGACUUAAAUGCACCGUUAUCGACCACCAUCAGUUGUCAUUCCAUCGAAAGUUGUUGGAAUUUUAUUCGGCGCCCAUCACGAAAUUUUGGACUUGGACAAUGGCAUAUUUUUUCUUCCUCGCCAUUUACACGUACACGCUGCUGAUCCGAACGCCACCGAGGCCCGAAUGGAACGAAUGUUACGUUAUAAUCUACAUAUCCAGCUUUGGAAUAGAAAAAUUUAGGCAAAUAUUGGCUAGCGAGCCCGUCAACCUCAGUCGCAAAUUGGCCGUAUGGGCCUCAAGUGCCUGGAAUUGUUGUGAUGCUUUUUUCAUUGUUGAAUUCUUUGUUGGUCUCAUUCUUCGAGAGCAAGAAAACACACUGGAACAGGGCCGCGUCCUCUAUUGCCUGAAUAUCGUCUUUUGGUACAUACGCAUCUUGUUGAUCUUGCGUGUGUCCAGGUUCCUCGGGCCAUUUGUGACGAUGAUCGGAUGGAUGCUUAAGCGGAUGGUUUAUUACGUUACUUUGAUGUUGGUUGUGCUAAUGUCGUACGGCGUCUUCCGCCAAUCAGUACUCUUUCCCCACGAAGAAUUUUCAUGGUUUCUGGUACGCGACAUCUUUUUCAAACCAUAUUUCAUGAUUUAUGGAGAAUUGUUCGCCGACGACAUUAACCCUCCUUGUGGCAAUGGAACCAAACCGGAUGGAUCCUUCGAUCCUGAAAUGCCUCCUUGCGAAACUGGUCGCUGGCUCAAUCCUCUCCUAAUGACCGCUUAUCUUUUAGUGAUCAACAUCUUGCUGCUUAAUUUGCUCAUUGCUGUCUUCAAUUCGAUUUUCUUAAAAACAAAUGUCCAUUCGCACAAAAUUUGGAAGUUCAAUCGAUUUGCCGUCGUCAUGGACUACGACCAAAAACCAACUCUACCUCCACCGUUUAUCAUUUUCUGUCAUAUCGUUCUCUUCACCAAAUGGAUUCAAAGACGAUUUGCAGGUGUGAAAGAAUCUUAUGAUUGCGGACUCAAGCUUUUUCUCGACAAGCAUGACCUCGAACGGCUUUAUGAUUUUGAAGAGGAAUCGAUGGAAGGGCUGGUUCGUGAACGAGAAGCAAAGCAAAAUCAGACGACAGACGAACGCAUCCGGCUGCUUGGUCAACGAAUGGACAGUAUCAGCUCGAAAAUGGACGAUUCCUAUCAACUAGAUAAUGGCGUUGUCCUUCUGGAUUCGCUUGAAUCCCGUCUUACUCUACUGGAGAAAGCAAUUGAACGGACGACUGACACAUGCAUUGCGCUUCACGACUGCGUUAUUUCACAAGAAUCAUUUUCGCAACCGUUGAGUAAGCAAGCUGCAUCUAUGACUCUUUCGCAAGCCACUACUUUGCUGGCCCCAGACGGCGAAACCUGGACUUCUACUCCCAUCCUCUCGGAUUCAUCAUCGAGCACAUCGGAAGAUGGGCAGGUUUAUGGCAGAGCUAACGAGAGUGAAAAAGGAUGUGAAGUUUACCGCCAAGGGCCUAACAGUGCAGACGAGCCAAUUCGACCGCUGGUUCGAACUAAGCUCGAACGACGAUCAACUACUUCUCGUUUACCAAGAAAAAAGGUGAUUUUGAAACGUCAGCUAACGGAAAUACAAAGCGAAAGUGAUAACAGCGCUGCUAUUCAACAGUUUGCCGCAUCAGACAAUGCGGUACUGAACAGCCGUUUUCCAUUUCCAAAAGAUGUCUCUGCUUUGCAAAAUGGACAAUUGGAAAACAUCCGGAAACCAUCACCUCUCUUCCGAGCUGAUAGUCGAAUUAGUAAUAACGGAGGGGAGAAAUAUGCCCGUUCGUUUUUAACGGCCAAAGUGGUAGCAGAAACCCAACGUCUUAGAGAGAUGGAAGGAGACGUCUACCGCUUGAUGGGAGGCGUCAUCCGGCGGAGGCGUUAUCUCGAAUCGGAAAAUUACGAUCCCUCUCUUGAGGAAAUGGCUGGAAUACCUACUCGUUGCGAAGACGAUGACAUGACUGAUGAAGACGAGACGAUAAUAUUCAGAAAGAAUCUUGAAAGCUUUACCAUAACUAUAGAAGAUUCUCGGGUAGUGUCAGAAGAGGCUACUAAAACAGCGGACGUUUCUAAUAAAUAAAAUCGAAAUUUUUCCACAACAGUGAGCUAAUAAAUGGUGGAUACAACGUGUUCGAUUCGAACACACACUAA